AAUAAUUUACGAUUUUAUGUAUUAAAUACCGCUGGCAUUUGAGUUGAAGUAGCUUAUAGCUUAAGCAUACACGUAUGUCAUUAUAUCAAAUUCGGCAAGAGCACCACGUGUAACAAACUCAACGAGCCGCUUACGCUGCAUAAAAUAUUACUCGAGUGUAAAGAAGGUCAGAUAUGUCUGUACACACUAGUUGCCACAAGGUGAGCUUUGCAAGAACGUUGAAGGUCGUCAAUUAUUCUAUGAUAUUUCGCACAUUUACGGACCUUGGGAAAUAAUCGUGCAUCGAUUUCUGCGUAUACAAAUUAUGCAGUUUAAUUCUCCAGCCAACGAUUCUUCGUACAGAAACAACAAAUUAGACGUCACUUUCCAACAGUGACAACCCAUAUAUUAGUCUAGCGAACUUGAGUUGUUUGGCAUUAAACUUGCGCGAAUACAAUGGAGUAUAAACACGCAGUUAUUUUUAUCGUCGAAUCGAUAGAAAUAUCUCGAGGAAAUAUCAAAUACAUACGUGCAUUUGUAUAAUUGGAAUGAAAUUGGAAAAAUAACAGUCCUUUGGCAAAGUCCAUCUUCAGUCUCGAACAGAUCAGCUGUCCGAGAAAACAAAUAAUCGAUGAUGGGGCAAGGAACAACGAGAUGGAACGAAAAGGAAAACUGGCCGUUGAAAGCAAGAAAUGUUGGUGGGUGUACACGUAUCGCGCAUGCUGGUCCGAUUAAAGGGAGAACGUAUGCGCGUAUACACAGAAACACCAAGGAAAAUACGGGAGGAAAGGAGAGAAAGAAAACGGGAUAUGGUUAAACGGGACCAGGAUAGGAGACUCGUAGCGAACCGUGUGACGCGAAUAACGUUCACCCUACCCCGUUUUUCUCCCGAGUAAAACCACCAUCACUGCCACCAGUUUGCCGCCACCCUUUCAGAGUUCAGAGACACUUUGAGAGAAUCGUGCGGCUAUCACGCCCGACUGGCGUAUCGAGUCCAAUAAUUGCUUCGAGAUGACGGAUGCGGAUGAUCACUCGCACAAUGAGAAAAACACCUGUGGAAAUAUUCUGGUGGGGCUAUCGUGGCUCAUCGUGGUCCUCACGAUGCCAUUUUCCCUAUUUAUUUGUUUCAAGGUGGUGCAGGAAUACGAGAGAGCUGUAAUAUUCCGUUUGGGGCGGCUUCUGUCCGGAGGCGCCAAAGGACCCGGAAUCUUUUUUAUACUGCCCUGCGUGGAUAAUUAUGCUCGCGUUGAUCUACGAACGAGAACUUAUGAUGUUCCGCCUCAGGAGGUACUGACAAAAGACAGCGUAACAGUAUCAGUAGACGCGGUGGUCUACUAUCGAGUAAACAACGCAACAAUUUCGAUCGCGAACGUGGAAAAUGUUCAUCACAGUACCAGAUUGUUGGCUCAAACUACGCUUCGAAACACCAUGGGAACCAGACCGCUUCAUGAAAUUCUCAGCGAGCGUGAAACGAUCUCCGGAAACAUGCAGGUCGCUUUGGACGAAGCUACAGACACGUGGGGAAUAAAAGUGGAGCGAGUAGAAAUCAAGGAUGUACGAUUACCGGUUCAAUUGCAGAGAGCGAUGGCUGCGGAAGCGGAAGCUGCUCGCGAAGCUCGCGCAAAGGUAAUAGCUGCUGAGGGUGAACAGAAAGCUAGUCGCGCGCUGAGAGAAGCCUCUGAGGUCAUCGGAGACUCUCCCGCUGCGUUACAACUUCGUUAUCUACAGACUCUCAACACUAUUUCGGCGGAGAAAAAUUCGACGAUCGUGUUCCCGCUGCCCAUAGACUUAUUAACGUACUUUAUCCAAGCGGGUGGCGCGAAAGAUUCUUAAUCUCGAUACAUAUCCUGUUGUUUGAAGUCACAAGAUUAAAUUGCAGCACAUUGGAAUCAUUCAACCAUCAAAAAAUGAGUAACGUCAAAAGUAUUAAUACGAUGUCACCUUUCAUCGAAUCUUUGAACUCGAUAUUUGUUAGUUUUUUCUCGUACAAUCAUAAAAGACGUCAAAUAAGGAAAAAUAUGAUGAAUUUUUUUGUUUACUUAUCGAAUGAGAUUGUUCGACUUCGACGAAUAGGAAAAUAUUGCACCGUUAUCGCACACUGGUUGACUGACUGACCAAUUUUAUACGACACAAUAUGUAACUAUACAUAUACUUUUUAAACUUUCACUGGUAUUUUUAUAACUUAUUUACUUGUUUAUUUUAAUUGCUCAUUCAGGUACUGUAGCAUGCGAAGAUUUUUAAUACAUAAUAAUAAUAUAAUGACGAUAACAAUAUUAUUAAUAACAGUAAUAAUAGGAACAAUAGCGACGAAAGGCAAAGGAAAAAAAACAUUGAUCUGAUUGUAUUUAUCGUUGGUGUUUCUAUCUGUAAUAUCGACAUUGUAUAGAUUGUACAUAUGUACAACGCGAGCUCAAUCAUAGCCUACUAUUUAUUAUACACGGAACUGUUAAACGACCAAUGAAAAAAUGCACAUGUAGCUUUAUUCCUGUAUUUCAAGAGUUUUCAACGGCCUGAAAUCUAGAUUCGGUCUAACAUCGGAAUUUCAACCUGUUAGAAAUCGAGUUCCGUAAAACAUUUCUCUGGAAACAAAUAUUGACACAAGACUAUAAUAAUUGUAAGUAAAAUGGAGGAGAUAGGAUUUGGAACUGUUAAUCGAAUAUUUACGAGAUAGAAUCUGAUUAUAAAACUGGUUUGAUUGAAGACAUAUUCACUUCCGCAUGCACGCGUUGUAUUCGUUUUUAUUUUCGCCUUAAAAUUAUUAUAACGAAGAAUGCGAGAACGUAAAUCGAUCAAAACAUUCUUUGUAAAAAAUCGAGCAAUAGCAUUUAUUAAAGGUAAACCUACCUCUGUUGAAUAACGUGAUUAUCUUUGUAUUUGUAAUUUCGUGUUACCUAAUUCUAACGUAUUUAUUGUAUUUUCCUGAUAUACACGGAUGCUUGUGAAUUAAUAAAGUAUGGAUGUAUUUUCAAA